AUGGCUAAUGAUUCGGACCAUUCGGUUUUAGAUAUGCAACCAUUGCAACGGCAACUAGAACAACGUUCUAAUAUGUCUUCUAGGGUUAGAAAAUAUGAUUCUAGAUGUCAAAAACGUAAAAAAAAGAAAAUAAUUGAAGAGAUAAUUCAAUCUCAAAAGGGAUCUCUUGAUAAAUUUGUCUUAAAAGAAGGUCCGUCUUCUCUUGACAAUGAACAUAUUGAUAUUAAUUUGGAUGAUGCUUGUGUUGAUGCUAAUGAAAAUCCUACCAUGGUGAAUUUAGUUGGCACUCUAAAUGACUCUCAUGUGGAUUUGGCUACUUCUAAUGAUGUUCCUGAUAUAAAUGCUAAUAAUGCUUCUAAUGAUGGUCCUGAUGCUACUAAUGGUAAUGAUGCUACUAAUGUUGAUGAUGUUUUUGUUCAUUUUGAUAUAUUUGAUCCAAGAAAUUGGGAUGCAUUAGAUUCUAAAAUGAUUGAUGUGUUAGUUGCUAAGGGUCCUAAAAGAGAUUUGUCUGUUCAGAAAGGUCCUAAAGAUAAAUUGUCUAAACGUUUUUUAUAA